UCUUUCCAAGCCGCACCUGUGACAUCAGACAAGCUUGCUCCGCAACAAUCCUACUGCGCCCCGCUACCAAGAACACGUCAGCGGUUACAUGUCUCUGGACUCUUGGCUGCAGUACUUCAACCUUCUGUCUCCGAGUGUCUCCAAUCAACAGUACAACUCGGACAACAUGGGCGACAUCAUGGCUCGUCAGGAUUUGAAGUCGAUGGUGCCGCAGCCGAAAGUGUACAAGCGACCACCGUACACUGUCGAGGUGCCGGGGGCGAAGAAAGUCGAGGGUGAGACUGUGACACGACGGAAUCACCGGACAGUCAACGAGCUGAAGAACACACCUGACCCGGAUACCAAGACGUUGUACGACAUACUGCGGCGAAGCAGCCAAAAGUAUGGCAAUGCGAAGGCGCUGGGCAAGAGAAAGUUGAUCAAAAUGCACGAGGAGACGAAGAAGGUAAAGAAGACGAUCGACGGCAAGGAGCAGGAAGUGGACAAAAAGUGGACGUACUUCGAGCUCAGUCCAUACGAGUACAUGUCAUUCGUCGAGUACGAGCAGCUCGCGCUGAAGGUGGGAUGUGGCUUCCGAGCGCUCGGCAUGCAGACGCUGGACCGAGUGCACAUCUUCGCCGCGACGCAUCCGUACUGGCUUGCUGUUGCUCACGGUGCGGGUAGUCAGAACAUGCCCAUCGUGACCGCGUACGACACGCUCGGCGAGGAGGGUCUGAAGCACAGUCUGCUACAGACAAACGCAAAGGCUAUCUUCUUGGAUCCGCAUUUACUUACCAAGCUCAUCACGCCGAUGCAAGAAGCCAAGGACAUCCAGUAUGUGGUCUACAACGAUGACGACGCAGCAACCAGCAAGAUGGAACCGGAGAAGGUGCAGGCAAACAUCAAGAAGCUGACGGAUGCACACCCUCAUUUGAAGGUCGUCAGUUUCAGUGAGUUGAUCAAGAUGGGUGAGGAGAAGCCCGUCGAGCCCACUCCGCCCAAGCCUGAAGACCUGUGCUGCAUCAUGUACACAUCCGGCAGCACCGGCGCGCCCAAGGGUGUCUUGCUUACGCAUCGCAAUGUUGUGGCCUCCAUCGCCGGCGUUGACACGAUCGUUGGCCAGUAUCUGGGUCCCGGCGACGGUCUGCUCACUUACCUCCCCUUGGCGCACAUCCUCGAGUACGUCUUCGAGACAGCCUGUCUUUACUGGGGCGGCACCAUGGGCUAUGGCAACCCCAAGACUAUCUCUGACGCUAGCAUGCGCAAUUGCCGCGGCGACAUUGCCGAGUUCAAGCCUACCAUCCUCAUCGGCGUUCCGGCAGUGUGGGAGACAGUCAAGAAAGGCAUCAUGGCUCGGGUGAGCAAGCAGAGCGCUCUCGCGCAAAGGCUGUUCUGGGGCGCCAUGCAUACCAAAGGGUUCCUGAUGCAGAACUCGAGCUAUCUACCACUCUCGGGCUUUGGUACAAGCGUGCUCGACAGCGUAGUCUUCAAGAAAAUCUCCGAAGCAACCGGCGGCCGUCUCCGGAUCUGCAUGAACGGCGGUGGCCCCAUCGCAAAGGAGACCCAGCGCUUCAUUUCCAUGUGCAUUGCGCCCAUGAUCAGCGGUUAUGGGCUUACGGAGACCGCGGCCAUGGGUGCGAUCAUGGAUCCCUUAGCCUGGAGUGAUAGUGUUCUCGGCGAAAUUCCAGGCUCCGCCGAAGUCAAGCUUGUCGACUUCCCAGACGCAGGUUAUUACUCCACCAACAACCCGGCGCAGGGCGAGAUCUGGAUCCGCGGCGCCUCCAUCGCCAAAGGUUACCUGAACCUCGAAAAGGAGACCAAAGAGUCUUUCACUGAAGACGGUUGGUUCAAGACGGGCGACAUCGGUGAGUUCAACGCUGCGGGCGAACUUCGCAUCAUCGAUCGCAAGAAGAACCUUGUCAAGAUGGCCCACGGCGAGUACAUCGCGCUCGAAAAGCUGGAGUCGGUGUACCGCUCAUGUCCUGUCGUUGGCAACAUCUGUGUGUAUGCUCAGCAGGACAAGAACAAGCCUAUUGCAAUCGUGGUCCCGAACGAAGCCGCACUGAAGCACUUGGCGGAGCAGAACAACAUCCAGGGCCAUGGUCUUGAGGAAUUGUGUAGCAAUGAGAAGAUGAACCAGGCGGUGUUGAAGGAGAUGCAGAGUGUUGGCAAGAACGGUGGUUUGACUGGUAUCGAGAUGAUCGAUGGCGUCGUGUUGAGCGAUGAGGAGUGGACGCCGCAGAACGGCCUGGUAACGUCUGCUCAGAAGCUGAACCGCAAGGGGUUGGUGGAGAAGUACAAGAAGGAGAUUGAGAAGGCCUACGGAGCGUCAUCGUAAGACUGGAAAGGCUCUUCAGGCUUCAAGCCAGCUGAGACGGCCUUGCUCUGGUCGCAUGCGCACGAUAUGUACGGGCGCUUCAUGAUGGUAUGAGAACUGCAGAAUGUCGGCGUUGUGUGGGCAAGGCAGGCAUCUAUAUCCGUACGCUUGUUGUAAUGGUAGUGAGUUAGCUGCGUUCUGCGAUGCAAUGCUGUCAUGUGUGGCUGUCUUACCUUCCGCGACCGUCAUACCUUCUCAAAGCCCAUGUUUGUCCACCGACCAGUU